AUGGAGAGUAUCGAGGGGCAGCGUGUCUGCGUGAUCUUUGACGGCACCACGCGGCUAGGAGAAUGCAUCGCCGUCCUGCUCCGCUGGUGUCCCGGUGGCUUCAAGAGCAUCGAGCAGCGCCUCGUCGCGCUGCGCACUACGAAGACGCACAUGAACGGGGACGAGCUUGGCGCGCUGCUCAACACCAUCCUCGGCACCACCUGCCGUGUGCAGACCACUGACGUGGUCUGUGGUGCGCGGGACUCGUGCUCGACCAACGGCAAGGCCAUGCGCAACCUUGAGCCCAUCCGGGUCGGCCUGACUCGGCGCUCGAUUCAGCCUCCGAGGCCCGGCAUCUGGCCAGUGGGUGCACUGGACAGACUCGUGGAGGUGGUGGCAAAAACCGGCGGGGUGGCCAACGUAACGGUGCGCGACUCUACUUUUGCCGGCUCGCGCGGGCUCAAGAUCAAGACGUGUCCCGGCCGCGGCGGCUACGUCCGCGAUGUGCGCUUCGUCGACGUGAGCGUCACCGCGGGCAUCGCCAUUGCAACCUCGUACAUUGGGGAGGUGCGCGGCGGCGCGCUGGCGCUCCUGGAAAACAUUAGCUUUGAGCGCGUGGCGGGACGCGGAGGCUGUCGGUUCAGCUGCGCGCAGGCAGCGAGCGGGGAGUGCCGCGGGCUGCGGCUCGUUGGGCUGCAACAGCUGCGCGGGUGCUCAAAGGCGAGGGCGGCGGCGAGGAGGAGAUGGCUCAAGCAGCCAAUUCCAGGGGGCGGGUCUCUGCCGCUGCCGCCCCCAUCCCCUUGA